UAUUAAUAAAAUAAAUAUUAUUAAACUAAUGAUUCCUUACUUUUAAGAUUAUUUUAACUUAUAAAUUUGAUACUUUCAAAGACAAUACGAUUUAGAAAACCUAACAAGUAUGAUUUGGACAGAUCAUACCUUUUGCAGCAUAUAUGUUGUAAAAAUGUAACUUACAAUAAAUCAAUUCGUUACUGCUGAAAAUAAGAAAUGUAAUAAUAGAUACCUAAAACAUUAGGUUAUUAUACAACAUUCAUUUGCGUACAAAUCAGAAAAUAAUAAAAGUGGUAAAACACAUUCGAUAACUCUUCUCUCCAUCGCGAUAAUCCAAUACUGUCCAGAAGAAAUUCUAAAAAUGCUGAAUAAAAGUGAACAAAACAGCUCUUUUACGGUAGAACGGACUGCGCGAAUUUAUCUCUAACGCCGUGAAAAUUCGCACGACGAACUGAUUCCACGUAUCUAUUUCCAGGUACUGCGCGAACCACCUUUUAUCUACAAAUUCCUUCAAUUUUUUUAGGUUGACUUUUUUAUCGUUACAAAAAAUUUUAGAGAUAUUAGUACAAUUGUGACAAACGUCGACGUCUCUCUAAGUAUAAAAAAAUGAUAAAUAAACGUUUUCGAUCUGCAUUUCCAUCUGUAUGCUCCGUCGCACCCCGGAAAACUGCGAAAAGAGCAGAGCGUGGAACUUUGUAUCGCCGCGGUUUCUAAACGAACGAUAUCCGGGGACGUAAUCUACCCCCCCCCCCUCUCUCUCUCUCUCUCUCUCACUGUCCGCUAAAGCGUAACGCUCGCCGGCACACGCCAGGUAGCUGCGCUUUAAUUACUUAUUUUUCUUUGCCGCUCCAAAAAGCCACCGAUGUGUAAUAGAAUCGGCGCGGGGCUCCUCCCGUUGCGCGCGCGCGGCUUUACACGCGCGGCCAGAGCGGAGCGGAGCGGAGCGAAGCGGAGUGGAGCGGCAGUGAAUCCCGACGACGCGCGGAGCGCGGACGUGUUCGGUGUUUGCGCCAGCGUUUUGCCAGUUUGGAGACCGGUGCGUUCGCGUGGAAUUCCUUUCUUUUUUUUCAACCCAGCCCGUCCGCGCGACGUCUAAUCUUAAUCAACGUCGAUCAACGCGACAAUUCGACGCGGUUAGUCAAUUUAAUCAAUCAGUGGCUCUCAAUCGCUUCCGCGGAGGGAAUCUUUAACUCCGAAGGCUUUCUAUCGGGUCUAACGAAGAGAUCGUCGUAAAAUAAUUUUAUAUGAUCGUACACCAGUGCGUCAUCGGAUCGAUCUUUUCAAUUCACCUCCGUUCUCACUUUUCCGAGAAACUGAUACACGAUGAUGGGAACGAUUUGAGUGGAUCGGAGUAUACGUGUCAGCACGGAGGACCUCGAUUACCUCUCGCCGCAGGCGUAAGGAAGACAGCGUUACAGUUGGCUCGAUUCUCAGAUUCUCCGCUUUUCCCUUUUCCUAUUCUAACUAAUCUCAAGAAGAUACGCGACACGGAGGGGGGCACGAGUAGAAACGGAGGAGGAAGCGCGAGAAUGAAAUGACAUGGUCCAGAAACGGUAAUUUCGGAAGGCCAGCCAGACAGAUGCGAGAAGAUGACGCGGGACGCGACCCGGGUGCGCGCGAUCUCUGCGCACGUAUGCGCGCACGCACACACGCGCGAGCAAUUAAAUUAAGGAAGCGCGGGCGUGCGUGCCCACUCGUUCGCUCGCGUGCGCCUCGAGCCUGCGAUCGCGCAGCGAGAUAAUUUACGUUGUACUCCUACCCGUGGAAUGAAUGAACGUGACCUACGCAUUUUUUCUUUCCGCUCGGGUCGCGACGCAGAGAGGGGAAGAGGAAAGAGGAGGAGUACGUGCGAGAGAAAGAGAAAGAGAGAGAGAGAGAGAGGGAGAAAGUCAAAAAGGAGAACCAGAAGGACCGAGCACGAGGGCGUGCGCCGUAAACCAAGCGCUUCGAAACGCGAUACGUUGUGAUACCAUACGAAGAGGUUCCGAAUAUUCACGCGGACGAUUUCGUGUCACGUAUCGAGGAAGUAAACAAAAAAGACAACGACGUGUUGCGCACCGAUCGUCCGGAAGGGUCGACGGCGACAGUGAUAGUCCCUUGCGCCUUUUCUACCGUAACGUAAAAACGAUAUACAAGUGCGGAUACAAUACGUAGAGUACCGAUCUCGUUCUACUCGCGGGUUGAUUUACGCGCGAGAAUCGAACGUGUCGUUGGCACGUGAUCGAGCGCGAAAUCGAGGAUUUCACCCGCGAUCCUCCAGGCGCGGAAACGUCACGCGGUUUCGGACGAGUGAGAAGAGGAAGAGAGAGAGAGAAAAAAAAAAGAGACGGAGGCGAGAGCGCGAGAUGUGCCGAAGGCAUUUGCUCAACGUGACACACGCCAGCAGCGGUUUCUCCCCUCCCCCCGUGAUGCGAAUAGAUGCGACGUGGGAGGAUCGUUAUCGGAUGGGCAAUAAGGUCGGGAGCAAUUGAACUCUCGGCGCGACGUCGGUGGAUUUCGUCGUUGAUCCAGAAGAACGACGGACGACGUCGCCCUUCGUGGAUCAUGGAGAGGAAGAGCGGCGGAGAGGCGCGGCCGAAGAUCGAGAUCGUACGGGUCUCGUCCAUCGAGCGCAGCAACUUCCGGCCGCUGGACGGGGUGCAGCUGCGCGCGACCUACAGCCACGUGCGAGUGGGCACUUACUGCCCGGAACCGGAAGCCGCCGGUGGCGGCGGACCAACCGAGACCAAGCCGCCGAUCGAGCAGACGCGACGCUUCAAGAAAAAUUUGGGACCAGUAUCAAGACUGCUGAGACGUCGUCAUCACGCGACAUGCCUUGCCACCAAAUCCUGUGAUAACAUUUAUAGCGUGAAUAGGAAUAGUAGUUCUCUGGACUGGAGAGUCAACCAGAACGCCAACGAACAAGAUCUGCAAGCCAGACAGAGCAGCAGCCUAGACUGGAGAGUAGGAAGGUCCGUCACUUUCGGCUCCAACCGGCUUCACUGGGGGAACGCGACACGAAGCGCCGAGCAGCUUUCCAGGAGCGCGCCUCUCACUUCCGAUCAUCUUCAGACACCGAGCACGAGAUCGAAACUCGUGUCGCUAUUGAGACGACUCUCCCCGCGCCUGUCCAGACCCGGAAGCAAGGGCUCGCUACAGUCGUCGCCGACGAUUUGUCCAUGGGUCCAAGUCGAGUACUCGGCGGAAUCGAUCGAGACCGGCAGACGGGAGGAGGCACAGGAGACCGACACCAGCUUCCAGCAGGAAUUGCAGUUGAACGAGCUGCGGAAACGGAUGGCUGGGAUUGCCUCCACAUCCCAGGUUACGACGAAGACCGCGACAAAGGAUGGUACAGGACAACCGAGUCUGCCGCGACCCAGGAUUCAAGUGCAGGAACCCGAAACCGAAUGCAAUCACCGGAACGUCCGCACAGUUGUGCACGAGGAUCGCGUGGACGAGGGGCGGCGAGCGAGCGGGCAGCCUCGGCGCGGCGGUGGCGAGGUGGCGGAUCUGGAGGACGCCGACGAUCCCUGUGCCGCGACGGUGACGUCGUCGGUACCCGGAGCCGGUGGCAUUCGUUCGCAUCGACGCACUAGACCGCUCUCCCUGGCAGUGCAGCCACUCAACUAUCAUCGCCUCGACCCGGAUCCUCGACCGCCGGCACAGAUCGCCACCAGGCAACACCCCAAUAUGACCAGCCAGGAAAGCAUCGGCAGCUGCAGCCUGGACGUCGACCGCUCUGCGUCCGACCGAUCAGAGAACACCGUGGACUCUGUGUCCGAGAAAACUUUGCACAGUCUGAACCUGUCGAACGGCGAACCACCGGUGUCGUCGUCCGGGAACUUGGUGAACGGCAGCAGCGAGACGUUGCAGAAAUCGCACCUCACCCCCGAUGAGAAGAAGCUGAACGCCAGCAAUGCUCAUCGCAGCAGCCCGGAGCCAGAGCUGACUGCAGCAAAGAAGCCUAGUUACUUGGGAUUGGCGUGUAGUAUAAGCGGCUACUCGGGAAUCACCAGGUACGACAGCAAACUGAGAGAAGGAUUUCGCUCGAGAGACAGUAGUCCCGGCACGAGGCUGAUCACAAGGGACACGAGUCCUGCAGGUUUCAGAUCCAACGAGAAUCUCAACGUUCCCACGCCCCAACAUCCGUCUAAGAGUCAGUCGAUAUCACCGUUAGCGAUGGAGAGACAAAACGGAUUCACGAACGGUGUAAAAGAGGAGUGCAAAGUCGAGACGUAUAUGGAGAGCAGAAGUUCGAUCAGCAUGACAUGCCAGGGUUACUCGGAAGUCGACAAGGGAGUAUCGUUACACGCAACCUUUCCCGAACUGAGUCCUAUCAGGAUGGGUGCUUCCGUCAGUAAACGGAGCUCUGGAUUAUCACCGAUGCUGUCCUGCGGACAGCAAAACAAGUCCAUGGACACAGGUUUUUCCUCUCCGAAGCAAGGCGUCAUUAAUCUUUCGGGUACAUCGUUUAGUGAUACUAGUGUUCUAAACGGCUCGUCGGUAGAGAGUCAAGUGUUGAACACCUCGUCGAACAGCGAGAAAUCCUUUAUUCAACAGCGAGUGGAGCGACUGUAUGGUCCAGGUGCUCUAGCGCAAGGUUUUUUCUUCAAACGCAGCGUCACCAAAUUAAAUACUAGUGACAGUAGUUGCAGUAAAUCCAGUAAUAACAAUGAAAUUUCGUUGGACAACGCGAACGCAGAAGAGUCAUUGAAGAAUCUGCCUGUCCUGCGACAUCUGCGUCCAGAAUUCCGGGCGCAGCUCCCUGUAGUCAGUAGUAGAAAACCCACAGACGGCACAGAACAAGUUAUAAAACCACUACAAAGGGUAAUGCCAGUGACACGAAAAACUGAGCAGAAAAGCUCAACUACAAAUUCACAAAACAGCAUAGUGAGAAGAAUUCCAAUUACUAUAGAGGGUGACGUAUCGCAGUGCGAUACGACUAAUAAAAGCAUACCUGAUCAGCAACCAGCCGCGCCGCAAGUAGUGUUACCCGUGUUAGAACCUAGCGCUAGCUCAAUGAACAUAGCGAAACAGGCUCAAGAGGCAGAAAAAGUAGUCGAAGAGAAAGAUGGACAUUAUUUUAUGAAGUUAUUGAAACAAGAGACAGAUAGACUGCUGUCGUUGGCCGCAUCUGCAGAAGCCGAAUUAGCCAGCAGCGAUACACUGCCAGAAGAGGCGGCUGGUAAACUGCGAUCUGCCGCCGGAAAAGCUAGAUUGUUAACUUCGCAGAAGAUGCAGCAAUUUGAAGGAUUAUGUCAAAAGAAUAUCAAUCAGGUGCCGGAUGAAGAAUUUCCAACGACGAACGAAGAUUUGGCUGGCUUCUGGGACAUGGUGAUGCUACAGGUUGUUCAAGUAAAUGAACUCUUUGACCAGAUAGAGAAUUUAAGGAAGUCGCAAUGGCAAGAGGUCAUGCCGGACAAAAAAGCUGCAUCAACUUCGCAACAGAACGGUAAACGCCGAGUCAUACCAGUCCACAAAGCGAAACCGACCGCGAACAGCGAGGUGAACAAAAAGGCGCGCGAGGCUAGAGAACAGGCGCGACGACAAAUGAUCGAAGAACGAAGACGGGCGAUGCGCUCCAACGCGCAGAAUGUCGACAAUUCCGUCGAGAUUUUUGCUCCUGAAACGUAACGACGAAUUACAAGUUAAGUCUGACUUUGACUGAGCGAUACAAUCGCUCAACAUUGCAGUUCUUAAAGAAUAUUAGCGUGUAUAGACCAUCAAUUCGAAUAUGAAAGGAAAAAGAAAGGACAAGUUUAUACACUAUACGGUGACGCAAUCAGUUUCGGCAAAAAAUCAAAUUUGCUUGUUAUAAUUAUUCAAGAUAUUAUCCUUUGCACGCAAGUUAUGCGCGACAAGGAACAGGAAAGUAUUAAGCAGAUAGACCAUGUAAUAUGUGUUAAAAUUGCUGAAAAUUUAAUAUUACUAUAAGUAAGGAAGAGGAUAUACAUAUGAGUUGACGAAGAGCAGGUGUUUACGUUCUGCAGAGGUUUUUCAUACUUUUUUCAUCGAGCUUCGACAUGUCACGCAUUAUCCCGACCAUCCUAGCGCAAUAACGAGACACGAUGAUGUGUCACCUCUUGUCCAUAGAUAUUUUAUAAAUGAAAGGUAAAAUAUUUACUGUAGCACUUUAUCAAAUUGUUUUUCUACGUGUCUCCGGACUGACAUUAUUAACUUAUAUUUAUAUAAGUGGUAAUAAGUUACAUGGAAGUUAAAAACUGGCGACUAAAGAAGGAAUGCAGUUGCGCAAGAAUUCUUAUUAAUCAGUCGCGUUUUAAGUCAAGAGAAGUUGUGUCUAGGUUAAGGAUAAAGAAAAUGACUGCGUUUAGCAGAAAAGUGCUUUACAAUUGUUUUUUUAUAUGAAUAUUUGCGUUCAGCAAAAAAGCAGUUUUGCAAUGGUUACAAAAUUUUUAAAUGAUUGGUUAUUGCUCUUAGUUCCUACCGAAUUUAAAUGUAUAAAUUAAUCAUAAUAAAAAUUCUUAUAACAGUUGCAAAAUUAUUUUUUUCUGCUAAACGCAACUAUUGAUUCAAAUCCAAUUUAGUUUUGUUUAAAUACUAAAUAUACUAAAUAUAUAUUUAUUUUUAAUUAUAUAUUUUUUCAUUCUUUCAUUGAGAAAACUAAAAUACGUAUCAUUUUCAAGAAAAACACUUAUAAAAAUAAAUGUUUUUUAAAUAAAUUAAUGUUAUCAACAAAUGUAUGUGUGAUAAAUGGAUAAAUUAUCACUAACAGAGACAAGUUCUAGAAAUUUGAUUUUAAAUGCUUUUUAAGUAAAAUUAAAUACAAUUAUAUAAUAAUAUUUAUAUUAUAUAAUUUUUAAUUUUAUUUGAAUUUUUAAGAAGAUACUUAUUGUUAUAACAUUUUAUUUUAAAAAACUUUAAUUUUUUAAGAAAAAAGUAUUUAAGAUCGAAUUUUUAGUAGGACACUGUCAAUAAUUGGGCUAUUUAUCUUAUUGCGGAAGAAUAGAUUUUUCCAAAUAUACAUUUAGAUCUGGUAAAAACUAAUAAUAAGAGCAAAAAUUAUAUUAAAGAAUCUUGCAGUUGCAAAGCUACUUUUUCUGAACGUAGCCAUUAAUGAAAAUUUGUAACAUAUGUAAUGCUUUCUGACAAAUGCAUUGUUUAUUAAUUUAUUUGGAAUUUGGAGAUUCCGUUGAUGAUUUGCAAUCUCCUUAACCUGGAUAUAACAAGCAAUUUAUUACGUAGUUUAUAUAUGUAAAUAGAAUUAAUUAAUAUUAAUAUUUGCACAAGGCCGAUUCUACGCCGAUUGUUCGCCUAAUAGCUUUUUCUAUCAAACGUCGAUAAAAGUUUCCAUGUUGAGAGGUAUUGUCAACAGCAAGUAGAAGUAAAAAAAUUUAUAUUAUUCUUAUUAUCGUAUAUAUUGUGCGUCUCAUGGCGAUAAAUAUUAUUUUUGUUAUUGUUCUAAUUAUAAUCAUGUGCAGUUUCACCCUUGUAAAACAUCUCCGCGCGAAACAUGGAUGUAAUAAAUUAAUGUCGCGUUCGUUUUAAAAAUA